AUGUCAGACAUCAAAGAACCCGAAAUUGACGUGGAAGACAAUGGAUCCGACAGCGAAUACACCAAGGAGCAAAGAAUUGAGGCUGCCAGAAAGAAAUUCGAGGAAUUGAAGAAGAAAAAGAACAAGAAGAAGAAGAGCAAGAAGAAGACCAGUGAGGGAGAUGAUACGGAAGAGGGGGCAAGCAAGGAUGCCACGCCAGCCACUGAAGAUGUUACCGAUGACACUACUGAAGUAGAUGUAGAAAAGGAAAUCAAGCCUGAGACCAACGGUGAGAAUGAGAGUACGCUGAAGGAGGACAAGGAAGAAGCAAAGGAAGAAGCAAAGGAGGAAGCAAAGGAAGAAGCCAAAGAGGAGUCCAAGGAGGAAGUCAAGGAAGAAAAUAAUAGCCAAUCGAACACGGCCUUACUUGCAGAACUUGAAACCCUCAAAGCUACUGUCGAGCAACAGACUAAUACUAUCAAGAAGUUGAGAGAUGAGAAUACAGACUUGAAAUUGUCUAGAAUGGAUUUGAACGACACGAUAGCCGAGCUACAGGAGCAAGUAAAACAAUUAAAAUCAGGCGCUAGUAGUUCGUUGCCUGGGUCAUUUUCUAGCCCCAUUCCUGAGCCUCCAAAGGUAGCAACAGCAGCUAAGCCCAUCUUCACCAACAAUGAUUAUGCCUCUGCAUCCAAACAGGACCUCAGCAUUCAACAAGUUGAUGAUUUCAGAGAGAGAUUAUUGGCAUGGAAGGGAUGGCAAGUGGACAUGUCCCAAUGGAGGGGCGCCGGCCACGGUCAAAAACUAGUUAUUUAG